AUGUGUCGUAGCACCAUCAUAGUUGCUUUUGUUUCCUGCAUAUCACUUAAACUGCCGCUCACAGAAUCCACCAAGGAUGAGACGAAUCAGAAAGAAGCAUUGAACUUCUCGACAGCGCUCAGAAUCCAAGAUGACAUACAACCUCUUCAUUCUAAUGAAUCAUCACAUACAGCUGAACAGAAACUACUAAAAGCUGGAAAUUCAACA